AUGGGCAUGCACGAUGUUGCUGGUGGCUGUCACCAGAAAGUACAAGAGACCAAGGCGACGGAGGCGGCUACACGAGCGGAGGGGGCGGCGACGGAAACGAUGAUUUUGGCACAGUCAGUUGCGUCAAGAUCUCGGCCAGCGAGUGUUGCGUCCACUGCUGCGAUAGCGCCGCAUGGUGCUGGACAUGCUACACCACAGGAAAAUACUUGCCCCCAGGUUGUGGUAGGGGGUUUCCUUGGCGCCCCUUGGAAGGAUGGGAUGGUGCCGUAUCUGGACAAGGUCGCCUCUCCGAUCGGCAGGUGA